AUAUCGGAUUGUCGAAAUGUGUCGAAAUCGUAGAACGCGCAAAACCCUGUUUUCAGCUUCUGAAAAGAUUCCUAAAAUUUAAGAUUCUCUGCUAAUUUUUUUUAAGAAUUCCAUUAGAAAAGGUAGCCUAGCACAAUUAAUAAAGAUUGACACAGAAAAUCCUAUUGAUAGGAGAGUAAUUGGGCUGGUUUUCUGUUCCCCAAUGAUCUAACCUCAAAAAUGGCUGAGGGCAACUGGAGAGGAAAGAUUAAAUCCAUCACUGUGAACAAUUUCAUCACUUAUGAUUCAGUUAAAGUGUCUCCGGGACCGUAUCUCAAUGUGAUUCUCGGUCCCAAUGGGACCGGGAAAUCUACACUUGUUGCUGCGAUUGUGAUUGGGAUGGGCGGAAAUUGUCAGACACUGUCCAGGGGCAAAACUCUGGUGGAUUACAUCAAAAAUGGUAAGACAAAAGCAGCAAUUUCAAUUGAUAUUUACAAGGACAAUGAGAAGAAUGUGGUUGAGUUCUUCCGGGUGUUUGAUAACACUGGUUCCGGAACGUUCAAAGUGGACAAGAAGAAGGUCUCCCAGAAGGCCUAUUUGGACGAAGUCAAGAAGUACAAUAUCCAGAUUGACAAUUUGUGUCAAUUUCUGCCACAAGAUCGUGUACAGGACUUUGCUAAGAUGAAUCCGGAAGAGAUCUUCAUCAAUACCGUCAAGUCUGUUUGUGAUUCAGAAGCUCAGGAGAUUUUUGAGCAAUUGAAGGAGAUGGAGAAAGAUUCGGGAAAUUCAGGGGCAGAAUUGGCCAAAUGGAAGGCAGAUCUGAAGGAGGCAGAAGCUCAGAAUUUGCAAUUGAAGGUGCGAAUUGAGAAUAUGAGUCAUAGGACGCAACUCCAGGAGAAACUUCAAGUGGCCAAAAUCAAGAAGAGUCAUUUGGAGCUUGAAGAACUCCUAGCCAAGACGCAGGACUACAAUAAAGAUCUGGAAGAUGCCAAAAAGUGCCUCAAAGAGAAUGAGAAGAAAUUGCAGCCAAUAAAGCAGGAAAGUCAGGAUUUUAUCAAUCAGAUCAAGAAGCUCGAGAGCGACGGAACUACCCAGAAGAACAAUCUUCAGAAAAUCUCUUCAAAAUUAGCCAAUCUCGAUGGGGACACCGAAAAGGAGAUGGAUGCCAUUCGACAGAUUAAAGCGGAAUUCCAAAAUGUCAAACGUCAGGCCCAGACUCAGGAAUCUGACAUUGCUGAGGAGACCAACGUCCUCACGGCACUUCUCAAGGAUCUCCAGAUAUCAAUUUCCCAAACGGGCACCUUGAAUGCCAAGAAAGCAUCACUUGACCAGAAGAUUGCUGAGCUUCAGAAGGAGAACGAGGCCUUACUCCAGGAACGCAAUCAAGUCGCUCAUACUCUCCAGACGGAGGUCAGAGUGGAGAUAAACAGCAUCAAGCGAAAACUGGAGAAGAUGCAGAGUGCCGAGCAGCAGCAUCUAGCAGCAAUGGAAAGUCGCUUUCCGGACAUGUACAAAGCUGUAAUGUGGCUAAAAGACAACCGUGACAUGUUCCAGGGCACAAUUUAUGAUCCGAUCCUGUUGGAGCUAAAACUCAAAAAUCUAGCGGAUGGGAAGUUCCUGGAAAAUAUUAUUAGCCAAAGGGAUUUAUUGGCGUUCGUGUGUGAGGACGUGAACGACAUGAAGUUGUUGGUGAAGAAGCUCACGCACGAGAUGAAACUCUCCGUGAACAUUGUCCAGAGUGAUCCAGCAGAGAAGAUCAAAUUCGCUCCCAGCAUUCCCAUCAAUCAUCUCAGGCGUUAUGGUUUUACCAAGUACAUUUUGGAUAUGGUUGAGGGCCCAGUGCCUAUUCUCAACUACAUCUGCCAGAUUUACAAUGUUCACAAUAUUCCUGUGGGCACCAAUCGAUCUUCCGAUAUGAUUGACGAAAUAAUUGCUGCGGGUCAGUUGCAGUUAUUCUUUACGCCUGACCAUCGAUACAGUGUGGCCAAGUCGAAGUAUUCCUCAGCCUCAUCGACCACCUGCAAUGAAAUUGCAAGCCAUAAUAUGAUGAGGCAGGUAUUGGAUGAGAGGCAAGUGGAGGAAGAACGCAAGACACUGCAGCAUUUGAUUAGACGAUCUGAUGCAAUGAACAAUCAAAUUAAUGAGUGUGAGGCCAAGUUGUCAUACAAUGAGCAGAAGGCGAAGAAUGUAAAGGUUGAAUUGAGGGAGAUUACAGUGAAGACGCAGCAUAUGACAACAGUACAGCAGAGGGUUAAGGCUCAACAGAAGAAGAUCAAAGACAUCCGCGAAAAUGUAAUAGACAUAAAGGCUGAGGAGAUCAAGUGUAAGGAAUCUGUGAAGGCUUCCUUGGUGAAAUUACUCCAGUUGCAAAAAGACAAAAUUGAUCAGGUGGCUGAGUACAUGAAAUUUGACAAAGAUCUCCUUUUCAAUCGUGAAUAUCUGAAGAGGUUCAAUUCUGGAAAUAGCGAUUUGAAGAAGAAACUCUGCGAAGCUGAGCAGACUGUUGAAGUUUCUCAGAAGCUCGUAGAGCGUAUUAAGACUACGAUUGAUGGUCAUAAGAGGAAGAUUAGUGACAAAAAGGGCGAAAUAAAGAGCCUUGUUGAGGCUGUCUUUCCCGCAGACACAAAAUAUCAGGAUAUCGUUCACUUCAGGACACUUCCAGGGCGAAUUGAGGAAUUACUGGAGGAGAUUGGUUCGCUUCAGGCUCAAGUGGACUGCAUGGAAGGUCACAAUGAACGCGUGAUUGAAGAGUUUGAAGCGCGUCAGAAGAAGAUCGAUGAGUUGAAUCAGAAGAUAGCAAAUGACAGUGCUCGACAGAGAAGUCUUCUAGGGAAGAUUACAGAACUCCAUGAAUCAUGGUAUCCAGAGAUUAUUAAGGUUGUUGACCAAAUCAAUACCAAAUUCUCGAGGUUUAUGCAGUCCAUGAUGUAUGCUGGAGAAGUUAUGUUGACUAUGAAGAGUCCGUACGCCUACUCAACCUAUGGAAUAUCAAUCAAGGUAGUUUAUCGCAAUAAUGAAGCCCUACAGCAGCUCAAUAGCUUCCUCCAGUCGGGCGGAGAGCGAACUGUGGCCAUUGCCACAUACACUCUAGCUCUUCAACAACUAACGCAAGUGCCAUUCCGAUGCGUCGACGAGAUCAAUCAGGGCAUGGAUCCCAAGAACGAACGGAAGAUCUUCGAAAUGCUCGUGGAUGAGACGUCCAAGUCAGGAAUGUCUCAGUAUUUUUUCAUCACUCCAAAGCUUCUUCCCAAUUUGAAGUGCAACGACUACAUGGUCUUCCAUUGCAUCUUCAAUGGUCCCCACGUUGCAAGUCCUGUGAUGUUUUUGGGCAACGAGAACUACAUGCUUUGCACUUAAUCUGAAACUGAACUUUAUAAACUUUUUUUUGCUGUCAUUAAACUUUGAAUUUAUGUUAUUUUUUGAUGAUGUACAAAUUUAUUAUUAUUCGUUUCUGUCUCAACUUGAAAUAAAAAUAAAAUAAAAUACAA